CUUCACUUGUAUAGCCAAACCCUUCUUUCUCAUCACCACCCCAUCAUCGUCGUCUUCUUCUUCUGAUCUAUCUGUAUAUUAAUCUCUAGGGUUAUGGAGCCACUUACAGUGGGAAGAGUGAUAGGAGAGGUUAUUGAUGCAUUCAGCCCUAGUGUGAGAAUGAACGUGACCUACAAUCCCAACGUUCGAGUUGCUAAUGGUCAUGAGUUAAUGCCUUCAAUGGUUGUUGCCAAACCAAGAGUGGACAUUGGCGGUGAUGACAUGAGAUCUGCAUAUACCUUAAUUAUGACAGACCCAGAUGCUCCAAGUCCUAGUGAUCCAUACCUAAGGGAACAUCUUCACUGGAUGGUGACAGAUAUUCCUGGGACCACGGACGCUUCCUUUGGAAGAGAGAUAGUGGGGUAUGAGAGCCCGAGGCCAGUGAUAGGGAUCCACAGAUACGUAUUCAUACUGUUCAAGCAGAGAGGAAGACAAACAGUGAGGGGACCAACCUCGAGAGAUCAUUUCAACACAAGAAGUUUCUCUGAGGAUAAUGGCUUGGGCUUACCUGUUGCUGCUGUUUACUUCAACGCCCAGAGAGAGACUGCUGCAAGAAGAAGAUAAAGAACCCUAACAGAUCCGAAUACUCGCUCUUCAAUUAUUAUUAUUACUAAGCGAAUAAAUUCAUUAUGUGCCUUUGGGGGAGAAAUAAUUAAAGAGAGAGAGUGAGAUUCAUAUUCACUUAUAUUCUUUUGCAUUACUCUCUCUCUCUCUCUCUCUCGGCCUUGGAUGAUAAGUUGGUAACCCAUUCUAAGUCCAUUUACUAUAUAGCCUUGUACUGUUCACUUGUUCUCAAGUUCGUAGGGUUUGGAUACCGAUUACGGAUGGUUAUCAAUUAAGGCUUCUGCUUGUCACCUUUUGCUUUGCUUUGUUUCCGACACACUGUUUGUGUUCAUGAGUACUUAAAUGUUAAAUCUUUGUAAAAGAGAUUUGAGCUUUAAGAAUUGUAUAAAAGAAAUACGAAUUGAUUA